UACAUUUGUUUCGAAGCAAAUGUGCAGAUUUGCCACCUGGCCCAGCCUCAAGGGCGUCUCAACAUCUUAGACAUUGGAUGAUUUUUUUUUUCACAACGUCCCAUCAAUUUUCUCCUCUCCAUUCAAAGCCACAGAGGUGGCCACUUUGCAACUUCUGGGAGAAUUCUGGGAGUUGAAGUCCACAAGUCUUAAAAUGGAGAAGGUUGGGCAUCCCUGCUUUAGCACUUCGCUACAAGUUGUCUGGAUGCAAAUGGCCCCGGAUCUUCCUUCCUUCUGAGUUUCCCACAAAGAACACUGAAUGAACUCUUUUUGCAACAGCACAACCUCCCAUCAAUUUUCUCCUCCAUGUUCAAAGACAUCCACAGCAUCCAUGUCAUGGCACAUAUAAGUGAUGCUUGAACAGAGUCCACAGGAUUGUCUGAGACACUACGCAUCCCCUCCAUGGCCUGUUUUUCUUGUUACCUUCUGGGAAGGGGCUUCACAGUAUCCAAAACAGAACAUCCAGAUUCAGUUUGGUUCUAUGGAGCCUCAGUCUUGUGAACUCUCAAGUUUCCUCUUUCCACUAUGUAUUCAAAAUGGACAGUGAGAUAGAUAGACAGACAGACAGACAGACAGACAGACAGACAGACAGAUAGAUAGAUAGAUACAUACAUACAGUGGUGGGAUUCAAACCGGUUUGCACCAUUUCGGCCAAACCGGUUAGAUAGAUAGAUGAUAGAUGGAUAGAGUUGGAGAUGGAGAUAUGUGUAUGGUGUAGGUAUAUACAGGUUGUCCACAACAUACGACCACGACUGAGCCCAAAAUUUAAGUUGUUAAGUGAGAAAUUGGUUAAGAGGCUUCCUUGCUGACUUUGCCGGACGGAAGAUUGCAAUAUGACCCCAGGACACUGUGACCAUCGUAAAUGUGAAUCAGUUGUCAAGCAUCCAAAUGUAAAUCAUGUGACCCUCAGGGAUGUUACAAAGGUCGUAAGUGUGAAAAACGGUCCUAAGUCACUUUCUUUAGUGGUGGUGGAACUUCGAAUGGCCUCUAAAUGUUAUCUCAGGAAGAAAUAUAAGAGGCACAUCCGAGAGGUUUUUCAAAAUCUUCCUCAACUUGUCCCGCACUCCAAUCGGAAGGUGACUCUCCAAGAGAACUAUGUAGAACUUCUUCUGAAGAGGAGACCAGAACUGCCCAAAAGAGAUCAUGAGAUGAUGGCUGUGGAAAGAAAGCACCGGGAGAUGAAGAACCAUCCAGAAAAUGGCCUGAAGGUUGAUCUGGAGAACUUAUUUCAUCCACAUCCUGAAGGAGAAAACUCAAAAACUGUCCUGUUGCUUGGACCUUCAGGGACAGGUAAAACCACAGCCACGUGGAAAUUCAUGUUGGACUGGGCAUCAGAUAAACUAUGGCUGACCAAGUUUGCUUACGCCUUUUAUAUCUCUUGCAACGCCCUCCGAUGUGGCACCAAGCUUAUGAGUACAAUGGAGAUGAUCCUCAACAGUUGUCCUCCAGGAAUAGUUUCUAUGGAGGACAUUUUGGCCAACCAGGACAACCUUCUCCUCAUUGUUGAUGGUUUUGAGGACUUGAAGCUCUCUGAUGUCCCAGCUGAUACGCUGGACAAGGAUCCCCAUCAAAAGCAGGAAGUGGUGAGUCUGUUGAUAGGUCUGCUCAAGAAAAAGAUCUUCCCCAAGUGUCAUCUCCUGGUGACCACAAGGCCCAUGGGUGUGAGCCCACUGUUGAAGUGUCUGAGAUCACCACUCUUGGUAGAUGUGUUGGGCUUUGACCCUGUUCACAGGAAGGAAUAUUUCCACCGCUUCUUUCAAAAUAUGAAGCAAGCCAACCAGAUAUUUGAAUUGGUUCAAAGAAAUGAAACUCUUCUCAGCAUGUGUUUCCUCCCCGCAACCUGUUGGGUCAUUGGCUCCAUUUUCCAACAAAACCCACAGGCAGAAUUUCUUCAAGAGAUCCCUGAAACAGCAACACUCACUGAAAUUCACCUGCAUCUCCUCUUGAGUUUCUUGGGUACCAAUUCCAGGCCAAGCCACCUGGAAGCCCUCUGCUCCUUAGCAAAAGAUGGAAUACUCCACAGAACAAUGACCUUCCAUGAAGAAGAGCUGAAGGAACGUGGCUUGGAUUAUUACUUGACUUCAGACUCUCCUUCUGCAAGUAGGAAAGUCUUCCACCAAGAUAUUCAAGUGAAAACCUUGUACAGGUUCACCCACCUGAGUUUCCAGGAGUUUUUUGCAGCCUUGUUCUACCUGCUGGACACUGAGGAGACCACCGGAACACCUUCCCGAGACCUGAGUGAGGCAUUUGGAGAUCAGAAGGAACGUACCAGCAGGUACCUCGUGUUGAUCCGUUUUCUCUACGGCUUGUCCAACGUGGAAAGAAUGAGUGUCCUUCAAAAAUCAUGGUCCUUCAAGCUAUCCAGGACUAAAGUUUGGCCAGAAUUGCUAAGGUGGGUGGGUCAGGAAGCCAAAGCCCACUCCUUUAAAAGAGAAGAGGUUCUGUUGGAAUUGUGUCAUUGUAUUUAUGACAUGAAGGAUGCUGUCUUUGCCCAGAGAGCGAUGAAGGAUGUCCACGACUUGGAUCUCAGAACACAACUUUUGACCAAGCUGGACUUCAAAGCUUUAUCCUUUUGCCUGUCAGUUGCUGAGGUUUUGAAUUCAGUCCGUCUCUCUGGCUGUGAGUUUGGGCGUCAAAGAUUCCAACAUCUUUUGCCAGGAUUCCUGAAAUCUUCAGAGAUCCAGCUGAACCGGUGUGGCCUCUCUCCCACUGCCUGCAAAGACUUGACACCCAUCGCGAUGACCAAUGCAAGGCUGACCAGUCUGGACUUGGGUGAAAACCCCCUGGAGGAUUCCGGGUUCUCCUACCUGUGUGAAUGGCUGCUUCAGCCCACGUGCCCACUUCAAAGCCUCAGGCUGCCCUCCUGCAAUCUCACAGCUGCCGUCUGUGGGCCCCUUUCUCAAGUCCUGGAAUCCGGCUCUUCCCUUCUGGAGCUCAAUCUGGGGGCCAACCCCCUCGGUGACAUUGGAGCAAAGCAGCUGUGCCAAGGGCUGAAGCCCCCCUCUUCUCGGCUACAGAGACUCAUCUUACACUCCUGCGGCCUGACCACCGGUGCCUGUGAAGACCUGUCCUCUGUCUUGGAAACCAGCGAGACCCUCUUGGAGCUGAACCUUGGGGAUAACAGCCUGGGAGAUGAAGGGGUCAGGCAGCUGUGCCAAGGGUUGAGACAAAGGUGCUGCAAGCUUCAAAAGUUGAUACUUACAAUGAAAUCAUUCAACCAAACCACGAAGGGGAAAUUGCAGGCAGCUUGUGCGAGGCAUCCUGGCUUAGUUCUGACUUCCUACUAUCCUCCGGAUUUCCCCCGCUUCCCAGGUACUGAAGAGUAAAAGUGGAGUUCACACCUGCUUUCCUGGUGCUCCUGAAGGAUUGGGAGUAUGGUGACAUGGACAGUAGGUGUGGAAACCUUCAAAGGCCAGAUCACCUUUUGCAUUACCUGCUGCGUCGCAAUCCUACAGCUGAUUCACCUGCCUGGCUAUGAGGUUCUGGUGGCCCUCUGGACUUAGAGCAAGUGGGACUUGGCCAUGUGGAAGAUCUUCUCAACUGGAACUCCUCAAGAGGUUGAACUCCAUCUUCCAUAAUCCCCAACUAGCAUGUCAGAAGAACGUUCUGGUCCAGUCUGAGCCAGGAUUCGCAUAAAAAUGAUACUAGAGUCAC